GCAUUUGAGCUCUCUGCUUGAUACAUGACUAUCUGGACUUCUGCGUGAUUUCGCAACUUGGUUUUCUGUUUAUCGCUCUCACUCAUAUUCCUUGCAAUACUUGGUUUCCAUCUCGAGCCAAAUCUGGGUAAUGGCCCCAGCUCUGUCCGGGUUGAGAUAUGUGCUGAACAUAAAAGUCGGGGAGUUGGUCACAGGCCUAAAUGUGACCGAUCGGCAAGGGACAUAUCUGUCCUUCGAUGUUCCUCAAUAUACCAGUGCAAUUUGGGUGUUCGUGAACCGGACAUACACAUCCACAGUCUCGCAGUUGAGUUUUCAAGCCAGGCAAGGCACACUCCCAACGUUCAAAGGGUUUGAUGGUGCAAUGUACCAAAUCAAUGGGCCUACCGCUGGUGACCUUUCAAUGACCGACAAGACCCCAGAAAUAUAUUAUUCUUUUGUUCGCAGGAACCCAGAGAGUGGGCGGCACUACAUGGCUGUUGUGCACAAGGAAAUCUUGAAUGGCGAAUUUUGCAAUUCAACUUUCUCUCUUCUAGUCAACAUUGAUGCUUGCGGGCCACAUAUCAUGGCAAAUCCGUACUACUUCCCGCCGCAUCAUGAUGAAGAUAUCUUCUUCGCCACUCGAAAGAGGCCUGCAUGUGUUCCUUGUGGCAUAGAGGUCCCUUUGGUCAAGGGAGAAUUGAGCACAAAUCAAACGGUCUACAAGGUUAUUGAUGCAAGCAGCGACAGUGGGCGGUAUCCCCGAGAAAGUUACUAUCGAAUCCAUGUGCCAAGAUUCACUCAGAAGAUGACGCUUCGUGUCAUCACACAAAGCACAGAGGACGUGGCAGCUGGAGCACAGAUUUAUCUUCGGCAAGGAAACAUUCCGAUUCAUGUGAGUCUUGGUUUUACUGCAGGUGGGGCGGGGGAUGGGAUUGGGUGGGUGGGUGUUUGUUGUCUUGGGAAGAAGAGAGGGGGGGUGUGGGGGGAUUUGGACAUGCAGCCACAUGCUUAAAAAAAAAAAAAAAAAAAGUGGUCUGGCAGAGCACUGAAGACAUUACACAUUACACAUACGUGAUGUAACCGGAUA